UUAAUUGGAUAGCCCACAGACCUGGUUUGUAGUCCUGACCUGCCGCUAACUUGGACAAGUUACUAACUUUUAGCAAGUCACAAUUUUCUUACCUAGUAAAUGAGAGAUUUUGGAUGUAAAAGGUCUGGGGGAUCCCUAUUAGCUAAAAUGUUACAAACCAUGAUGCCAGGAAAUCUUUGGCCUUUUACUCUGUUAUGUAUGUUGUCUAGGUGCUUCUUUUCCACAGUAAGGUUUCCUUGGAUGUUUCAAGUCAAAAUUUUCUACCUCUACCAAUUUAUAAUGCCCUUUCAUGUCCUUCUCUCUCUCCCUGAAUUACUUUCUCCCUUAAAAUGUAGGCUGAUUUCUACCAGAUAAUAGAAUAAUUGUACAAAUCUUAAUGUAAUAGCAUGCUAUUUUGAGUUCUUCAUAGUCUUAAACUGUUGUUAAAUUAGCUGAUUAUUUAGAAAACAACAUAGUUUAAUAUUGUAUUUAAGCACAGAAGAAUCAAAUAAAUACAUAUCUUUAUGUCGUAUUCAGCUAUCAGAAUGAUAGUUGAUACCAGGGAUUGAGCUCAGGGACACUGACCUGAAGGUGUGAACACUAAAAAAUAUGGAAAUUUAGCAUAUUAACACAAUAUUUGCAACUCAAAACAUUCAGAACAAUCAUAGGGAUAUUUUAUAGAUCUGUUAUGAUGAUAGUGGCUUAAUUUCAUUUCUUUCACACAAAUUUUCCAAGUCCUAAAUAUGGGCUACACAUGAUUAGUCAAAGUGAUUUAAGAUUCAUUCUUUAUUUUUAAAGGAUAAACUAAGAAAGUGGCAGUAUAAUGGGAUAGGAAAGGAAAAGUCAAGCAAUAAUUUAUAAUUUGGCACAAUGUAAAAAAAAGCUGUAAAAACUGAUUAGGUAUGGCUAAUUGAAAUAGAAGGAUGACUUAAAUUUCUUAUUUGUGUAGAUUGGGAUUCCAUAAUUAAAACCCCAUAAAUUAGCCAUCUUUGUGCACCAAUGAUGUGUUCUGUUUGAAGGCAUUUUGAUGUGUCUCUGGAACAUCCAAGAAAAGAGUCCUGAGAAGAAGUAGAAUAAGAAGAGGGUCAGUGGUACAGGGCACACUGGGAGUACUGUCACUGGUGAGGAAAGUGAAGCAAAAGAGGAAUCAGUGAAAGCUGAGAGAAAUGAACUAUCAAAAAUAGAAACAGGAAAAUCAGGAAGCAGUGAAACCACAGAAGUAAAAGGAAGUUUUUAAUUUUUAAGGAAAUAGUUAAUAUCAAAUGCUUCAGAAUAAAGUACUUUAAUUUUUUAUGGUUCUGGGGAUUGAGUCCAGAGCCUUAUGCAUGAGGCAAGCACUCUACCAAAUGAGCUGUAUCCCCACCCCUGUACUUUGCUUUUUUGGGUGGGGGGAAAUGAAGAUUGGGUUUAGGGACACUCAGCCAUUGAGCCACAUCCCUGGCCCUAUUUUGUAUUUUAUUUAAAGACAGGUCUCACUGAGUUGCUUAGCGCCUUGCCAUUGCUGAGGCUGGCUUUGAACUUGUGAUCCUCCUGCCUCAGCCUCCUGAGCUGCUGGGAUUACAGGCUUGUGCCAUCGUGCCCAGCUCUAACCUUUGUUUUUGAUUAUCAAUUUAAAGCACAUAAAUUUUAAUGUGUUUGAAGAGUGAGUUAAAUGUUGAAAAUGACUUAGUAGCUUUACUGAUAUAGGAGAGAUUUAGAACGAUGACCAAGGUAAUGAGAGCUGAGAAGGGAUUUACCUAUUAGAAGACCUUUGGCUACAGAUAUUCAGAAUCUCUCUUAACAAUGUUUUAGGCAAGUAGGGGUGUUCUUCUCAAAUGAAAAAAGUGGAGGUGGUCAGCAUUGAUCCACAGAUAAAAUAAUUGAAUGAUUUACAUUUCAAGGGAUUUCCAUCCUGGUUGCAUGAUGGCAUCCAUAGCUUCAGGUAAAAUGUCUGCAUUCAAAUCAAGAAGAAAGGGUUUGAGAAGGACCAGCAACAUCUGUGCCUUUUAUCAGAAAAGAUUUCCCAGAAGCCCGUUAGCACACACCUGCUUGCAUCUUAUGGGCCACAACUGUUACAUGACCACUCCUAGCAGCAAGGGAGGCUAAAAAAAGGAGAGCCUAGCCCUUUCAGCCUUUGUAGUAGAGGUAGGCCAAUUAAGGGGUUAGAGAAUGGGGCUGAUUUAGCCAUCCAUCUACUAGGGAGCGUUUGCAUGAUAUAAGAUAGGAUGAUUAUGUUUACAACUGAAAAGAGGCAUGAGAGAAUCAGGAGACAGCAACGAGUAGAUGUACAGCUCAGACGAGGAAAAUAAGAUUUGGCACACAGAGGCUUUAGGAAUACUUUCAACAAGAGGAGGGAAACUUUCCAAUAAGAGUGGUUGGAAUAAAUAAAUCAUGGGUCCAGAAAAUGUGGGCAAUAGUGGAGCAAGUGCCUAUGAACUCUCAUUGUUUAGCUCCUAAGCAGUCCAGAGUCUUGGGCAAUCACUACUCAGGGUUAAUAUCUUACUACUAACUUCAACUCAUUGACAUCCAAAGCUUCAGCACCUUCAUUACUUUCUCUCCCCCUUGUUUUGUGCCUUCCUUUUGAACCUUUAUUUUUCUGCUGUCUUCGUCAUUUUAAUUUCUUUUCUACCCAUCCAUUCUCUGCCCCCCUUCUUCUUAAUUCAUCUCUUUCUCUUGAGAUCAGGUGAAAUACAAACAUAUGAAGGGAAAGGAGUAGAAUGGAUAUAAGAAAGAGUAAUUAUUGAAAAUCUAAGUUUUGGGGGAUACAAUUAGUUCAGUGUUAAAUUCCUUCUUUGCCUGUUCAGACUCCAUCAGUUUAUAUAUGAGUAUAGUCAAGGAGCCCCAGAAUCAGCAGGAUGAGUCAAGGGGUGUGUUUAAGCAGGAAAUGGGGAAGAAUAGUGGAGAAGCUCAUGGCCAGUGAUUUGCUCCAUUCUCCUCAUUCCUCUGUGCUUGAAAUGAGAGAAAGGAGGAUAUUUAUUUGUAAAACACCUGGAUAGAAUAUUCAAAGUAUAAGGGUCUGAGAGAGAAUACCUUGGUUAUAGCGUCCUCUUGUUAAACCCAGUCUUUACUUUGGUCUCAAUUCUCAAGUAGAAUUGUAACUUCUAUAAUAUUUGAGGACUUUUUGUGUGUGCCACUUGAAAUGCAGUAUAGCCAGAGUCCGUGGCAACUGGGAACCAUCAUUAGCCAAGGAUUUGUAGGUGCGCUCUCUCUGUGCCCUUCCCCUUGCCACUACUACCACCACCAUAUGGGCUCCCAUUGCUGUGUUUUUCCAUUAUCUGUUACCUUGGCUUCCUUUACUUAAAAUUAAAUUCAUGUGACCCAGAAUCAUCAGGUCUCCUAUCUGACCCUUGUAUCUCUCUAAUUCUAAAAUUUCAUGAAAGAAACCUAAUUGGUCCAGAUCAUCCUUUUAAGACAGGCUCUGUCUUGAAAGUCACUUUUUUGGCCAAGUAUCUGUCCCUUUUCCAAUCAGCUGGUGGGGUGGAGGCUGCCAUAUGGUCACUGUCAAUGUUGUCAGGCCUAUGAGCAGCAGACAGAUAGCCAUGACCAAUAUGCCUUUAGAUAUUUACUAAGUACCUUCUCAGUAGUUUCUGGGGAUCGAGAGCCCUAAAGGAAUUCAUGGCAGGAGAGUCAGUAAAAGAGAAUUUGGAUGUAUUGAAUGACUUCUAAAGAGCAAGAAAUGCAGGGUCCUCUGCAACUACACAGAAUGGGAUGAUUAGUUAUAUUUUAUCUGUAAAUGAGCUCAAAAGACAAAUUGGGCCAUUUACACACUUAAAUAGGUCAGCAAUCUGGGUUCUGUAACACAGGUGGAGCAGCAGACUAUGGUGCCAGUAUCCCUCUUGUAAAUAAUGCAUAAACAGCCCCCUAAACUUGGAUGAUCAUGGAGACUGCAUUGGGCUUCUAAAGACACACACACACACACACACACCAGAUCUGGAUGAGUGCUUAGGAUAUAAUUGAGGUGGGUUACUUCCUUGUGUAUAUACACAUUUGGCAUAAGUUAGUUCAUGUCUGCAGUCCACACACUUGAUUGCUUUUGCACUGUACAUUUGAACAACAAGUAUGAUAAGAUACUGCUCCUACUCAUAGUGUGUAAGUCAGCUCCUAUCGAUUCUAGGAUGAAAGACCCCUAGUCCCUACUGCAAAGUAGCUCCUAGCACAGGGUACCAUUGGAGAGAGCCAGUUGGUGCAAAGAAGACAAGGGAAAUGGGAAGUUGGGGGGGGGAGUGUGUGUGGUAAAAAAAGGUGUAACUACAAGAAGGCUAAUACAGUGUAUAUUUAGGGCGUUAAGUAGAAGGAAGUUAUAGGAAGUGAAGCUAAAGGAAGCUUUUACUACAUCCUUACCGCAGGGGUCUUGUAACAGGGUUUAGCAAACAAACGUAGGAACUAGCCAUUAUCCUGAGGAAGGGUAUUUAGAGUUGAUAAAGGUGUUGGUGGAAUAAAAUCAUCAACAAAACCCCAAAUAGAAUGCUGUGGUGUCACAUAAAGUCAUUGACAUUGCUCCCUAAAAGGUGGCCAACAAUUCCUUCAGUGACAAAUCUCAAGUGACAUUCUUGCCUUUUUAAUUUUAUUUUACUAACAACAAAGUUAAAACCCUCUAAUCUUUCCUUCCUGAGCUCCAUGAAAGUCAUGUAUUCAAAUGCAACUAAAUAUCUCCAGUGGAAUAUUCUUACACAUCACUGCAUCCUCAAUAAAAGUAAACACCAACUUCUAAACAUUAUCCAGUUGUUUAAGAAUAAGACUCAUUGGGAUCCAAGUUCCUUCCUCUCCCUCAGCCCUGUUUGAUAAGUUAUCAAGACCUAAUCUUGGGCAUUUAUCAGUACCAUUCUGGGUUCCCUCAGUCACCAACCGGGUUCAAGCUGCCAUCAGCUCUGUUCUGAGUCGUAGUCUGCCCUGCUCUACGGGCCUUCACCCCAGUGUCCCUGUCCUCGCACUAGAAGAAAUUUCCUCCCACUAGAAGAAAUUAUCGUGGCGUCUCAGAAUCCACGCCCUGGUCCUACUGCAGGGCCAGAUGGGUAAUAUCCAAUGCUUCUUCGGCGCAAAAGGCGCAAUCCCGCCAGCUUUUCGAGUCUUUAUGGCACCGUUCUCCAAGAACGUGCCAUUUGGCUCUCCUACAGUCUCCGGAGACCUUAACCGAUCCGCUCUUGUCACCACAUCAGGUGCCGCUCCGCUGGACUCUCCCUCGUCCCUGAUCAACUGUUCCUGGUGUAUAGUUUCCCGGGCUUUAUUUCAAGGUAGAGGCCCACGCCAAGUCUGCACAGAACGGAACAGAAUCCGUGCACAGCUGUUAUACGUGGGGGUUUAAUUGAAUGAGGGGAAGGAGCAUGCACCCACCGAGGCUCCUGGGAAACGUAGUUCAGCAUCCCAAACCGCUAGACCCGGGCGCUGGAGCGCAGAUCAUGGUCUGCGCAGGCGCACACCAUCAUUUUCUCCGCCAAUUCUCCUGGGAAGUGGAGUCCAGCAGCCCCAGCUCAGCCGACCUAAGGCUUGUGGGAAUUCGGCUCCGUGGUUCCCAGGGCAACGCGCAAGCGCAGUGCAGAUCCAGGCUGCAGACUCCUGCUCAUUGUGUUCUGACUGCGAUGUGGUGGUUGCGGUUUCUCGCUACCAGCGGAGGUUUCUGCAAGGGCAACCCAGCAGCGACCAGGUUUCUAGACAUUUCUACUCUUAGGAAUCCUGCAGUUGCAAAGCUGCCCACUUGCCUCCUCAGCACUUUGCCUUUCCCUAAGAGGGCUCAUCAAAGAAGGAAUGGCUGUCAGUUACCUGCCCAACAUAGUCCAGACUGGAUGACAAUGCCUAUGAGUAAGAAAACUACUCUCAAGGCAGAUAUUUCUAAAGAUGAAUUAGGUCAGUGGACAAUAAAGGAAAGAUUCACCAGAGACAGUCACUGGAAAUAUGCUAACCUGUUGGAAUGGCAGUGCCAGGAAGGUCAGGAGAUCAGCUUGCAGCAAGUGGUUCUUACUCAACAGAACUCCCCAUCCAGGUUUAGUGAACAGGAAUGCAGUGAAUCUGGGAAGGGUUGCACCCUGAGCUCCUCUCUUGUUCAAGACCAGGAAUUUCAGUCGAGUAAAAAAGCCUUUGAAUGUAGUAAGUGUGGGAAAGUCUUCUCUAAGAGUUCUACCCUUAACAAGCAUCAGAAACUUCAUAGUGAAAAACUUAACACAAGUCAGAAAAUGCAUAUUAAAGAGAAAAGAUAUGAGUGCAGAGAAUGUGGGAAAGCCUUUCACCAGAGUACACACCUCAUCCAUCACCAAAGAAUUCACACUGGUGAGAAACCAUAUGAAUGUAAAGAAUGUGGCAAGGCCUUCUCAGUGAGCUCCUCACUUACUUACCAUCAGAAAAUCCAUACUGGAGAGAAACCUUUUGAAUGCAAUUUAUGUGGAAAAGCUUUUAUCCGAAACAUACAUCUUUCCCACCAUCACAGAAUACAUACUGGAGAGAAACCUUUCAAAUGUGACAUUUGUGAAAAAGCCUUUGUGUGCAGGGCACAUCUUACCAAACACCAGAAUAUUCAUAGUGGUGAGAAACCCUAUAAGUGUAAUGAAUGUGGGAAAGCCUUCAAUCAAAGUACAAGUUUUCUUCAGCAUCAGAGAAUUCACACUGGAGAGAAACCCUUUGAAUGUAAUGAAUGUGGAAAGGCCUUUAGGGUGAAUUCUUCCCUUACAGAACAUCAAAGAAUUCACACUGGAGAGAAACCGUAUAAAUGUAGUGAAUGUGGAAAAGCUUUCAGAGAUAAUUCGUCCUUUGCACGACACCGGAAAAUUCAUACUGGAGAGAAACCUUACAGAUGUGGCUUGUGUGAGAAAGCCUUCAGGGACCAGUCAGCCUUAGCCCAACAUCAGAGAAUUCACACCGGGGAAAAACCUUACAUGUGUAACAUAUGUGAGAAAGCCUUCAGUGACCACUCUGCUCUUACCCAACAUAAGAGAAUUCACACAAGAGAAAAACCUUACAAAUGUAAAGUCUGUGGGAAGGCCUUUAUCCGAAGCACUCACCUUACUCAACAUCAGAGGAUUCACACAGGAGAGAAACCCUACAAAUGUAAUAAAUGUGGGAAGGCUUUCAAUCAGACAGCAAAUCUCAUUCAACAUCAGAGACAUCAUAUUGGAGAAAAGUGACAUGAAUGAAGUUUAUAUGGAAGAGUUUUGAGACUCAGUAAAUUAAUUAUUGAAUAUAAGAUAACCCAUUCUAGAGAAUAAGCAUAAAAACUUAAGUCAGGAUAGUCAUUGUAUUUCUCGAGUGUCAAGGGUCACAAUAUCAUGGGUUUUGACACUAAAAUUGCAAACACCCUUCCAUUGUUUAGUACUGGCCUCUAAUAGCAGUUUGGGGUUUUGUUGUUGUUGUUGCUGUUGUUGUUGUUGUUGUUUUUGGUACUGGGGAUUUAACUCAGGGACACUUGACCACUGAGCCACAUCCCCAGCCCUAUUUUGUAUUUUAUUUAGAGACAGUGUCUCACUGGUUGCUUAUUACCUGGCUUUUACUGAGUUUGUCUUUGAACUCACGAUUCUCCUGCCUCAGCCUCCUAAGCUGCUGGAAUUACAGGCAUGUGCCACCAAGCCUAGCAAGAACCAGAACCCAAAUGGAGAUUUGUUAACAACAUAAAAAUAGGUUAUCAGAUUUAUAGUUUGUUAAGAAAAUUAUGAACUUAUAAAAAUUAAGAUUCAGAAGUAAAAGAACAAAAUAGUAAGAAAGUGACCCAUAAGCAUUUCAUUCUACUGGAGUAUUCUGUAUAAGAGAGUUGCCACCUCUAAUGGGGCUCUUUUUUUCUCUCCUUGCCCAUACUCCUGACAGCCAGUAUAAAUAAAGUGCAGUCAUCCAUUCACCAGCCUGGAAAUCAUUUAAAUUAUGCUUCCCACCUUCAACUUGACACCAUCUUUUGCCAGAUUUCCCAGGUCUGUCUGUCCAUGAGCUUCUUACUGGCAUUCUCCUGAGCCAAUUCAACUGAAAGGUAUGACCCUCUUCUGACUUAACUCCUAACUGUUAAGGAAUCAUGUCACUUCUUACUAUCACCCUUGGGAAGUAAAUGAUCUGAGCUCUUACACAGUAUGAGUCAGAAUCAACUGAAUUAGUUGAUUGGAAUCACAGAAUCAACUGAAUCAGUAAUAGAAUCAAUAUCCAUGAUUCUGGGUAAUGUACCCAAAUCCAACUUUCAAAACUCAGGAUCUCAGUCAAGAGGGCAAAGUCUGAUCAAAAUUCUUUCAUUCCACAAUUCUUCCUCCAGGUCUCAGCUUGAUGCUAACCCUCUUCAUUAAUAAUGAUUUACUUGUGCAGCCUUUGUCCUCCAGCUGUGUUGUUCCACACACAACAGUCAGAAGUCUGCUGGGCUUCCGGUAUGAUAAUCCCAACCACCUAGUGGUUGGUGGGGAUUCCCAGCCACCUCUACUGUGACUUGCCAUUUCCCAAAGUACAGUUGACAUAAGAAAUGAGAGCCAGUUACGAAAAUGCUCUAAUUCUCUUUCCCUUGACUGAAGUCUCUGUGUCCACACUGCAUUAGAGUUUAUUAACUACUCCCAAAAUAACUGAACUGCUGUAUCCUUGUCCUUGGCCAGGUUUGUUUAUGUUUCUAAAGGUAUGGAUUCCAUGUCCAUAGGAAAGCAGGCAGUCUUGAAUUUCUGUUUUUCUAUUUGAAAGUACCAUCUCCUUCAUCUGGGCACUCUACCACUUUGAAAACUGUCCCAUUCUGAUAAUGGUGAGCAAUAUAUUGAUUAAUUCCAUGGGUCCAGAAGUGGUCCACAGCAUCAUUGACAUUCUCUGACCAAGGUUGUGGCCAUGUCCACAUUAUGAGUGACACACUAAUACUGCAGGUACAGUUCUUUCACCAAAUUAAAUCCUUAGUGCUUUUGAUAAAAAUCUGUGCACUUUCACAUGCAUAGCUUAUGAGAGCACUCUCCCCUUCUCCACCACAAGGAAUGGAGGAACCUGUAUUACUGCACCCUGGGACAUGCUCCACAAUGAAGACAGAACAAAUUCUGGCAAGCAGAGGGACAGAUUCCUGGUUUGUGAAGUGUUGUCUGUCAAUCUGGGCAACCUUCUGGCCCCCCUAAAUUUUGCACCUCUGCUUCAGAUUAAAGAAGAGGAUAUUCAAUAUCAUGUCGGACUCUAGGCUGACACAAACUCAGAAGCUUCUCUUAGCUUCCAAGCCCAAUUUCUCUAAAUUCAGCUCCUGGCUAACAAGAGCCACCUGUGUGUCGACCGACAUCUCCUGUUAGGUGACCAGCACCUCAUGCUUUUUCCCCAUGCAUGUGAAGCAGCAUUUCAAGAGGUUACUUGGCGUGGGUUAUGUUGGGUACACACACAUUCGUCUGUAGCCUUGCAUGACUAGCACUUCCAGAUGGUACAAUAAGCUUAGAAAACCAUGUUUUAGUACCAUUAUCUCUAUGACCUGCCUGGUCCUGUCACCACCACCACCUCCCCUGCCUUUGCCUUGAAUCCCUGGGAAAUGCAUUGCUAAGCUGGUUCACUGUACAUUUUGUUUGUUGGAAGCAGGAGAAUCAUUGCCACUUGGCAUAGGCCUGUAUUUGGGCCAAGGCCUGCUGGCCGGGUUAAGAGCCUCUUGCAUCUCCGUGACAGAUCCAGGAGAUGUAUUCUAUCAAAAUGGCUACAGUCUGAAGGCCCUCCACUGAGAUUACAGUCUGCUUUCUCAGAGUACACCUCGUUCAGGUAUGAGUCUUCUUGAAAUCAGACCUCUGAGAUGCCUGUUCAUUCAUUCAUCCAUAUUUGGGGAACCACAAAGUAACAAAGUGGCCUGUUUGAUAUUCCUGAGCCAACUUGAAUAUAUUUAUGGUUAAUAGUGCUUGCUUGGUAGUGGCUUUAUUAUAUUCCAUAUGAUUAACAGUUUAUUGUAUGAGCUUCUUGACUAAGGGAAUCACCCUUGCCUGAGCACUAUUCUCUACUUUUCUAAUUUGGGGUAGUAUGGCUAUCUGUGUAGGCAUUCUGAUCUGCCACAGCAUUACUUUUGACUCAGUCCAUAACCAUGCAUUUUUAAGAACCCAGAGUUCCUCAGCAUGAGCUCUUCUGCCAGCUGACCUGCAUGGCAUGCAAGAUUUUAGCAGUUACUCAGAAGAACUUUUCUCUGCCCCUUUCUGAGCCAGAUUACUCCCAUCACAUGCAGGGAGUGCUAGGAAGAGCUGUUCAGCCCAUGCUUGCUUCUCUAGUCAAUUGGCCACGUAGAUACCCUGUCUGUGGCAGGAAGUAAAGGACCAUUAUUGAGACCCUGAGGGUUUAAGGUCUCUAGCUAGUAAUGUGCCAUCUUCAGCAGCUGCCAGCCCACCUUCUUUUACCUCUCCACAUAGUACACAAAGACAGUUCCCAGGACACACGGUGACCAUGCUGUCUCAAGAGAAGCAGACCCAAGACACCUCCCCUAUGAGAACUUUCCUCUCAUCCUUCGAAGCUGCCCAGUGGGCAAUUCCAUCAGAAGGACUUGAGAAGGGGAGUCAUAUCUAGACUUGUUUAUUCUUCAUGUUUAUGGGCUCCCAUGAACAGCCAUAAAACUGCUUGUUCUUUGGGGGAAGACUUGUUGAAAUUUCCCUUUUCAAAUUCCUCAAUCCUCCUCUCUUAGUUCUUCUUCUACUCUCCUGACUGAUUUUACAAUGGGGUUCUUUCUCCCUUCCCCUCUAAGUUCACCUACCUCUGGCAGGAGCAUGUCCCUGAAGUGCUUCCUUCCUCCAACUGCUUUUUGUUUUGUUUUGUUUUAAUUGUCUAAUUUUUUUUCAAUAUCUUCAUUUAUUUAUUUUCAUGUGGUGCUAAGGAUUGAACCCAGCACCUCACACGUGCCAGGCGGGCGCUCCACCACUGAGCCCCAGCCCUUCAGUGACUGCUUUUUAAAUGGCUCUUUGACUCUAAAGCAGACUAAAACUGUGCCUGAGCCUCAGAGUAAUGCUAAAUUAUAUGCUUUUGGUUGAGAAAACAAUUUAACUCACUCAAACAUUAGCAAUGCCCAAGCCUCCUGCUGUCUAAAUUCUCUCCUUUCCUUCCUUUUCCCUUUGCAUUUUUUCCUACCCUCCCAUAAACUACUGGAUUAGCCAGCAGGACAGUGUGGAAACACAAAGAUGUCACACCCUUCUCUGUCUAGCAUGAGGUGUUCCAUUCUCCUUGGCCAACCUCAAUAGCACUAAAUAUAUUUUUGGUAAUAUUUUCACUUUCAGUAUUUUUAUACCAGUUUGUGAAGGGGAAAAAUUUACAAGGCUUGACUGUUUCUCAUCUCUUCUGUAUUUCUUAGUUUGCUAAUUAUUAUUCCCUGCAAGUACCAGAAUUUGGUAGUUCUGACAUAUUCCUUGCGUUCUGUGUAUCACACAUCGCUAUCCCCACCCCCCCAAAAAUGUUGAUGAACAACUAUUCAUCAGUGUGUCUUUAUGAAAAUAAAAUGAGUAAAGUACUCAGUGGUCUACAAAA